AAGGUGUGUGGACCGAGUUCCUGGUACUGCGGUAGCUUGCAUACCCGGCAUGAGUUCCUCGCAGCCGCUGCUGACCCUGCUGUCGCUCCUGUCGGGCCUGUGGAUCGAGCUAGGAAAUGGGCAGGUGACUAGCAUGGUUCAGCUACCAGGUGGGAGAUUCCAGAUGGGAACAAAUUCACCAGAUGGCAGAGAUGGUGAAGGACCUGUCCGGGAGGUGACAGUAAAACCUUUUGCCAUCGACAUAUUUCCUGUCACCAACAAAGAUUUCAGGGAGUUUGUCAGGGAGAAAAAGUACCGGACAGAGGCUGAGACGUUUGGUUGGAGCUUUGUCUUUGAGGACUUUGUCUCGGAUGAGCUUAGAAACAAAGCGACUCAGCAAAUGAAGCCUGUUCUCUGGUGGUUUCCAGUGGAAAGGGCUUUCUGGAGGCAGCCUGCAGGUCCUGGCUCUGGCAUCCGAGAAAGACUGGAGCUCCCAGUGGUACACGUGAGCUGGAAUGAUGCUCGUGCCUACUGCGCUUGGCAGGGGAAACGGCUGCCCACUGAGGAAGAGUGGGAGUUUGCUGCCCGAGGGGGCUUGAAGGGUCAGGUUUACCCCUGGGGAAACCAGUUCCAGCCUAACCGCACCAACCUAUGGCAGGGAAAGUUCCCCAAGGGUGACACGGCUGAGGACGGCUUCCAUGGAGUCUCCCCAGUGAACGCAUUCCCCCCACAGAAUAACUACGGGCUCUAUGACCUCGUGGGCAACGUGUGGGAGUGGACAGCUUCGCCGUACCAGGGUGCUGACCAGGACAUGCGUGUCCUCCGGGGGGCAUCCUGGAUCGACACAUCCGAUGGCUCCGCCAAUCACCGGGCCCGGGUCACCACCAGGAUGGGCAACACUCCAGAUUCAGCCUCCGACAACCUAGGCUUCCGCUGUGCUUCCAGUAUAGGCCGACUGCCUGGGGAGCUGUGAGGGGCCGUGCAGAGCCCAGGAGAAGAUUCCCCCCCUCCCCCGUGGGGACCCAUGCCACUCCCUGGCCACAUUCCAAACAGCCAGACUCAGCGCUCUUCAACCUCAGCCUCGGGAAGGACAGCCUUCCCCUCCGGCUGGGCACCUCUCCUCGCCCGGCCGCAGAGGCGGCCACUGUUUCUGGGUGAAGGAGCCCAACUUACUGGUUGUGGUCCGGGGCUGAGUGUUUCUCUUAGAGGUCACAUCGCAACCAGAUAGGGGCCAAAUACUCAAGCAGCUGGGGCAGAGUACUCUUAAAGGCAGUUUGUUAAAAAAAAAAAUCUUAAAUCUGUUCCCUCCCCCGUUCUCAGUGUCUGAUUGAGGGAUCUGACCUUGUCUUCUCAGGGCAGAAUUUCCCCCGUUCUCUUUGUUUUCCCAACAAAUUGCUGCAGAAAGGAAAUGCUGCUUUUGUGUGCGUCAUGUGAAGUGUUUUAUGUGCGUCUGGAGGAACCUAAUUUUCACUCUGUGUGAAGUGCAGUAAUGUGGGCUCUUUCAAGUGCAAUGUCAGUAUUUAAAGGGGCUCAGAGAACCAAGUAUCUACCAGGCCAAACUGUGCAUCAUGCAAGUCAAAGUAAAUAAUACUCCAGAAAGAUGAACACGAGAAGUUUCCCUUUCUAUUGUUGAUUACGUAAGGGCUUCCAUAUGCCUCUAAAAACCUGUCCCCUUGAGAAGAACCUGCUCCCAUGGUGUCCCUGGACACUGCGAAGUCAGUAAAGUCUCCUGUGACCGUAGAUCUCUGAGUUGUCAUUUAUCCUCACCCUGGGACCCUAAGGGAAGUGCAUCUGAGUGUCAGUGACUGGGCCUCCGGUGAGGAGACACCGAGGUGGUGGUACGACUGGGCAGGGGAGAAGCAGAAAGGCUCCUGGUGGGACCACGUCCGGUCCCCUCCUCUGGUCCCGACCCCAGCUGCACUUACCAGUGUGUGAUGGGUGAGCCCGCUCUUCUUGUGCAGAGCCUCAGAGAGGGGACAGAGGCCCAGGUCCAGG